AUGAAUAACAGCAGCACCCUCAUGGACCUUUACGGGCACCUCCGUUCUCUCCUCCUGCCGGAGGGGGAAGGGGCGCCUGAGGCGAACCCUGAUGGUGAACCCGACCCGGUUACGAGUACCUGGGCGCCGAGCCUGUCGGGCACCAUCUCUGAUGUGACCCCUACUCCAUCGCCCACUUGGAACACAACCCCGGAUCUUGUCCUGGGCUGCGGGGAACAGAUCAACUAUGGCAGGACUGAGAAAGUUGUGAUCGGUGCCAUCCUGGCACUCAUUACGCUUCUGACGAUCGCGGGCAACUGCCUGGUGGUAAUCUCCGUGUGCUUCGUCAAGAAGCUCCGCCAGCCCUCCAACUACCUGAUCGUGUCCCUUGCACUGGCCGACCUCUCGGUGGCCGUGGCGGUAAUGCCCUUUGUCAGUGUCACCGACCUCAUCGGGGGCAAGUGGAUAUUUGGCCACUUCUUUUGCAACGUCUUCAUUGCCAUGGACGUCAUGUGCUGCACGGCCUCAAUUAUGACUCUGUGCGUGAUCAGCAUCGACAGGUACCUUGGGAUCACCCGCCCUCUCACCUACCCUGUGAGACAGAAUGGGAAAUGCAUGGCAAAGAUGAUUCUGUCUGUCUGGCUGCUGUCUGCCUCCAUCACUCUCCCCCCACUCUUCGGAUGGGCCCAGAACGUGAACGACAACAAGGUCUGCCUCAUCAGCCAGGAUUUCGGCUACACCAUCUACUCCACCGCCGUGGCCUUUUACAUCCCCAUGUCCGUCAUGCUGUUCAUGUACUACCAGAUCUACAAGGCUGCCAAGAAGAGCGCUGCCAAGCACCGCUUCCCUGGCUUCUCCCGCACCCAGCCCGAGAGCGUCAUCUCCCUGAAUGGCGUGGUGAAGGCCCAGAAGGAGGUGGAAGAGUGUGCAAAUCUGUCCAGACUGAUCAAGCAUGAGAGGAAGAACAUCUCCAUCUUCAAGAGAGAGCAGAAGGCAGCCACUACCCUGGGGAUCAUCGUCGGAGCGUUUACCGUGUGCUGGCUACCCUUUUUCGUGCUCUCCACUGCCAGGCCCUUCAUCUGUGGCACCUCCUGCAGCUGCAUCCCGCUGUGGGUGGAAAGGACAUGUCUGUGGCUGGGCUAUGCCAACUCCCUCAUCAACCCCUUCAUCUACGCCUUCUUCAACCGAGACCUGAGGACCACCUACCGCAGCCUGCUCCGCUGCCAGUACCGUAACAUCAACCGGAAGCUCUCGGCUGCUGGUAUGCAUGAGGCCCUGAGGCUUGCAGAGAGACCUGAGAAGCCGGAGUUCAUCCUGUAA